AUGAAAAGCGAAAUCAAACAAAGAUCACCGUGUACAUUUUGUAUUCAAAAUCAUUGGGAUAGUAAAUGUCAAGCAUGUCCCACAAUGGAUACUCGGUUGAAGCGUCUUAAGGAGGUGAAGAAAUAUAUUAUCUGUUUGAAGGCACAUCAAGGCGAAGAAUGUAAAAGAAAGGCUUCUCAUAAUAGUGCCCUAUGUGAAAAAGAAAAUCAACCACAUCCAAACAAAACGUUAUGCCUUAAUAAAAGUCAGGCAAACGAAGAAGUUAACAAAUUGGAAGAUUUUUCAAUUAACUACAAUCUGACAAUGAUAGCUCAAACGAAUGCAAUAAGAAACAAGAUAAAGAAAAAAAAAUAA